AAUAUUGACCUACAACAACUAACAGUACUGUAGUGUCUUAAGUUUUAUAUCGGAAAUGUAGCUAGUAGUAGCCAAGAUGUGUGGAUUAAGAUUGAAGUUAGCUAAACACAGAUAGAGCGUUGAUAGCCCUACGCAGGUGCAUAAUUGUUAGCUGGUCGUCAUAACCGGGUUGAAUAUUGACUGUGGUUGUGUGUACGGACCUUUUAUGUGAUGAUAAUAGUACAGUUUUCAAAGGAGUUAAAAUAAUCCGCAGGCUACCGAAAUGUAUGAAACGAAAUGAAUGCGACGUGUCUUGUGAGCAGCUAGCAAUGGUGCAAGGACAGGCAGCGUCAUCAAGACAGAAAUCGAGGUAUGUUUCCAUCUUCAUUUAAGGCAUGCCUUGGCUUCUACACUGACUGUUAAAAUGACCUGGCAGAGAUGAGGAAGCCACCAAGCGAGGAUGAGGAAGAAGAGGACACAAGUGUUGAUAAAGACGAGGAGGAUGGACUAACACUUGAUCGCUUGGCAAACAUGGUGUGACAACUGUUACAGACCUUCCAUAAGAGAACUGGAUACACACUUCACAUAAAAUGGAACAAACUCCUCACUUGGACAUCUCAGAAUUUGGUGAUAGUGGUCACAUACAGAAAGAAGAUGAUGACCAUGGUAUUUCUUCUGACAUUCCUAAUUACACAGAUGAUGACCACAUUGCUCAUGCUAGUAGCAAAAGUUGGGAGACUUUACCCUGUCAGCACUACAAGCAGUGUUUAACCAGCCAACAAGACUUGGAACGACACACGCCUAUCCACGAUUUGGUGAAGAAUGUGCCACACGGAUACGAAAGCAAGAAGAGCAAAAUUUCCAGUGGUUCAGAUUUAGAUCAACAACAGCAUGAAAAUGUGAAGCCUUCAGGUUCAGUAAGCUUAGUCACCCAACUUGAAAGCAGUAAUACUUCUGGGUUGUUGGCUGAAUGUAACAUGCCUCCACCGGCUGCAGAACAAAAGAAUUCACUUCAAGAGGAAAAUCUGCAACAGGUGUUCAUUGCAACGUCAACGCAUGGAGCCGAAAUUGAUGAGGAGAAUAAAGGGGAAUGCACUGGACAGUACAUGCUAGAUGUUUCCAGCAGUAUCUCAGAAAACCUCAGCUUUUACUUUGAUGGGAAAAUAGUGUCAACGAGCACAGUCAGUGGCUGUGAAACAGCUGACGCUCAUUCUGUAUGUUCAAAUUUGGUUGGACUAGAUGCCCACAUUCUAGAUCCCUCCCAAUUCAACUUGCGGUUAAAUAUUGAUUCAAUUAUGGGCAACCAAGAGUUGCAGGGUCUAGCACCAUCCAAGAGAAGAACUGCAACGCCGCCUCUGUUACCCCAAAUUCAAACAGAACUGGAGUCCGAGGCGGUAGUGUCAUCAUCCUCAUCACUUGUGAUGUCAUUAAUGGAGAAUUUACUUCCUCAAAAUACUGAAUCGACAGUUGCUCACCCUAAAAAAACAGCAGUGUUUCUUUCCCCAAAGUUGAAGCAGCUACUCGAGAUGCAGGACAACCUCAAUCCUGCACUUGUCCACCUUCCAGAUGGCCAAACACCUUGUUCCCCUGUGUCUCCUGUUGCAGCAGGGAAGUAUAAAAGGAGGACUGUAUCGCCACAAAGUUCUCCUCAGCACAAACUACCAUCUGAUGAGGAAACAGCAAUGCCAGAUACAGAUGGCAGUGAUGCUGAUACUUCAUGGCAGACCCAGCUCAGCUUUGUGAAUGAACAGGCAAAUACAUCACAAAUUGUUGAGGAACCACAAGUGAUUCCCAUUUUAACAGAGAGCUGGCCUCCUGUGACUGUUGACAACUGUAGUCAGCAGCCACUGGAUCUGUCCAAUACAAUGAAAAGAAAUGAACAUGAGGCUUCAACUGAUGCUGCAUUAGAUUUAAGUUUGCAAAAACGGACCCUUAAUGAAUCAGAACUGACGUCAAAUUUACAUGUACGAUCAGAGGGAGAUUCAAACUUGUGGAUAGAGGGUGACUGUGUGAGUGAAGAGCAAAACUUAAACUUUGGAAACCCUGAGACUCCUCUAGUGACAGACUUCACCAUUGUCACUGGUCCAAGUAUGGUGGACUCUGUUGCAGAGGGACUUGUUUAUGGACUUGGUCUCCCUCCCUGUUCUCUGAAUUCUGCACCUGCCACCCUUACACCUCUUGGUUUCCCAUCAGCUUCCCCAUGCACAAUAGCAUUUGGACCCCCAACUACACAUGCAGUUCUACCUACUGCUUCUUCAUUAAUCACAGUUCUGGCACCCCCAUUACCUAUUCCUAGCCCCUCAAGUCAACCAAUCCAAGUGCUGGCUCCAAAUAUAUCACCUGAGCCCCUGGUACUAGGCACAGAAAAUUCAGUUAAUUCUGCACAGUGUGACUUAACGUCUGCGCUUGCAGCUACAAACACUGAAGACCUUCCUGCACUUUCACAAACACUUGACCACUCUCUUAAUCUACCUGGUCAUAUGUUUCUCACUGAUCAAAUUGCCUUCAAACCUCCUAUAAAUGAAGGCAAUCCAGUGUCAGAGGUGGCUUUCACACCUACUGCAACAUUAAACGAUCCCCUCAUCAACUCGUACAAUAUCACAAGCAACACUGUGCUGAUAGAAUGCACAAUAUCCCUUGAAACCCCAGUGAAUGUCCCUUCAGCUGUUACCAUGCAAGAAAACACGGAAACGCCAGGAUCCACACACAUGCUUGUUAAUCACAUAGAACAGCAACACAUAGUUUCAUUGCCCAACACUGCAACUGUGGACCCCACCAUUAUAAUGUCCUCCAUUGAAGAGUCUGUAUCAGUGUCCGCCACCACCUCAGUGAUACCGGAUUGUCCUUCAGAGCCUGAUUCAAAUCCUGACACAGAACAAGUCCUUGAAGCGGAGCCUCCAAAUGCAAAAGAAGAGGAAUGUGCUGACGUCACUGAUUCAGCAGUGGAAACCUUGGCUAACGCCUCAAUCCAUGAUGAGAAGAUGGAAGAGGUAGACCUGCCAUGCAACACACCAAGUGAUGCAGAGCAGCAGACUUUCACCAAGAACUUCAUCUGCAAUGUGUGCGACCAAUUGUUCCACUCAAUGAAAGAACUUGGUCAUCACGUUGGCGACCAUGCUGACGAAUGGCCCUAUAAAUGUGAGUUCUGCGUUCUGCUCUUUGACAAGCCCUCAGCUUUGCUAGACCAUCGAUCAAGCCUGCACGGCGUUGACAAGACUUACGUUUGCAGUGCAUGUACUAAAGAUUUUGUCUACCUUUGCAAUCUGAAACAGCAUCAGGAAGAAUUGCAUCCUGCUCAGCAGUGUUCAUUCACUGAAGAAGAAAAGGGAAAAAUAAGACCUCAGAAUUACAACUAUACAAAAGCUGUCACAGAGCCUCCAGUCUCUCAUGGGGCUGAGGAACCCAACAAACGGGUCAAAAAGGAAGAGAAUGAAGUCGAUCUGGCUGCUGAAGAAUUAUUUACAACAAUUAAAAUCAUGGCCUCAGAAGGUGGAAAGCUGAAAGGGCCUGAUGUUCGUCUUGGCAUUAAUCAGCAUUAUCCCAGCUUUAAGCCGCCGCCCUUUCCUUACCAUAAUAGGUCACCUGCUGGCUCACUGGCCUCAGCCACAAACUUCACCACCCACAACAUCCCACAAACCUUCAGUACAGCUAUUCGGUGUACAAAGUGUGGUAAAAGCUUUGAUAAUAUGCCAGAGCUGCACAAACAUAUCCUGGCCUGUGCAAACGCCAGUGAUAAGAGGCGAUACACACCCAAAAAGAAUCCCAUCCCUCUCCACCACUUUGCAAAAAGCCAAAAUGGAGUACUGUCCAUAACUAAUUCAGCAAAUGAAUUUAAUGCUUCAAACGGAGCCAGCCAGUCCAACAGGUCCCCCACAGAGCCAUCAGCCAAAGUGAAGUUGAAAUUUCUGAACAAAAAGAGAAAGCUAGUCCAAAGGGUCAUGCCUCAGAGGAACAAGUCCUCGUCCUCUUCACUCGUGCAUGAUGAUGUAUUUAUUUGCCCUCACUGCAGCAGGGAGUUCACAAUGCGCCGCAGCCGAACCAAACACAUGGCCGUCUGUCCCAAAAAACCCAAAGAAGUGCGAGCAAGAAAAGACGGGGGGAUGUCUGUAACUAAGGAAAAUGAUGGCCGAUUUCAUAGAGUGGUCUCCCAUGUUGAGCAACAGCAAGACGCGUCAUCUCAUCGUAUGACGAGACUCCAGACAUCAGGGCCACCUAAAAGGCCUGUCAUCCCCCCGGCACCAACAAGCUUCUCGAACAAGAGGAUGAAAUUUGCCGUAACAGACACACCAGUGCCCAAAAAUGAGAUGUCCACUUUGAACGAACUCCCCAUUGUUCGCUCUUUUAACCCUCCUCUGCGGCAGUACACGCGAGUGCAUCAUGGUGUCAAAGGAAUCCCUGUUAAAAUAACCUUAGUGAAACAACAAACCAACCUGCAGAGGGACGAUUCGCCUUCUACUGUGAGCCGAGAGGAAGCAACUAUUGAUGGCAGCUCUGACCAAAGUGCUACAGCUUGAAGACCUUUCUGCAGGACUGUCAGGCCGAGGCGCACCCUUGCUGCUUCUUCACCAUGUUACAGCUCAAGUCCAUUAUACUGUACAAGAAAUGACUGAAACUGAUGACUAAAAAAAUGUAAAAAAAAAAAAAAAAAAAAACAGGACACAACUGAAGUACUUCUGCAACUGGAUGUGAGUAUCUUAAGACUCUUGUAGUUUGGAACUGGCACAGUCCUCCAAAUUUGUCAACUUUCGUCAACAGCCUGUAUUUGCACUUUGAAGUUAAUCUUGACUGCUGCGUGUUGUUGAGGAAAUGGGAGGCACUGAAGCUAAAAGGCUUCGCUCAUUUCUCGCUUGGGUUACUCGAUGAGGAUGGCAGGUGGCAAUCACUGUCAGCAUGGAUUUGCACUACUUUUUCCUUAUCGCUCAUAUGUUGCCUUUUUGGGUUUAAAUUCUUUACUGCAUGCUGUGUGCUCAUACUACUGUGUUCGUUUGGGUAGACAAUAUUGUGGCACUCGGGCCUUAACCAAUGAAUAUGACACUGCUCGGACAGAGUGGAAUUAAGCUUCUAAUAGAAUCAUUGAACAGAGCACAAUAGUAUAAAAAGCUACCCUUCAAAGUUGUGUUGGCUUCACUGAAAGAAGUGAUGAAUGUGAAUGUAUUGUUUGGCAGGGUUAAUGUUAGUUUACACAAAACAAAAUUAGCUUAUCUGAGGCCUCUUAUAUAUUUGUAUAAAGAGUAGAUCUAUUCGUGUGUCAUUAAAAGUGUAUGACAUCAUUACUUGUGGCCGCAAAAUCAAGGCUAAACCAAUUUUUCCUUAUAGAUUAUUUAAUUUAAAUUAGUGGAUUACCCAAAUUUGUUGUUGGCAGAAGUGAUAAUUACCGUUUUUUCCGGACUAUAAGUCGCACUUUGGCUGGUCCUUGUUCUUGUACUCGACCGACUUGUAUACGUUUUUUUUUUUUUUUCCCCUACACUGACCGCUGCGAGAGGGCGCUGUAGGCUUGUGUGCCAUUGUUAGGUAGUGUAUGUGUAAUGUUGUUACACUUCAAUGCCCCUGGAUGGAACUAAUGUUAGGCAUGUGGAGUAUUGUCCGUUGUAUGGCGGAGUUGUCAGUUGUGCUGUUGCUAUGCUAGAGACAAGAUGUUGCCACCCGCUCUGAAAUAAAGCCACCCAAACAAGAGAAAAGUUUCUCUUUUUAAAAUUUACAAUGUAAACAUCAACUUAUGAAGACAACUGAGGGGCUAUCCACACAGAAACAUUUUCAGGUCAAAACGGCCAAGUAUUUUAUCGUUUCAGCUUGGGUAUGAGGUAUGAGUACUUGAACAAAGUGCUGCCAGGAGAGGCUUGUCAACAGCGCAGUUAAGUCUCCACGCCCAGGUGGGUGCCAAGGCGAUGAAUAUACUUUGUGGGUUGUUUUAAUAUACCACCUAUUCACGUUAGGUUAACAGACGCCUAUUUAGCCCGUUUUUCUCCAUUUGAUUGUUAUUACUAUAACUUUGCUUGUCUGUUCUUGGUCUCUGAUUUUAUAUAACAGAUACACCCCCCAAAAAUGCGACGUAUAGUUCAGUUUUUUUCCUCUUCAUUUUGCAUUUUUGGCUGGUGUGACUUAUAGUCCAGAGUGACUUAUAGUCCAGAGUAUUCGGUAGUUGAAAAGGAAUAUGCGUAUAGUUACUUGUGGAGCUGAUAGGUCACAGAAAUGUGCAAAAAACAGCUGCUAACCUAUCAUGUAAUGUCUGUGUCUGUGUCUAAAAUCAUGUUUUUUAAAUGUAUUUAUCAACAGUAUAAUUACAAGCACUUCAUCCAAGCAGUCUGUGUAAUAUUUUGUUCAUUAUGGACAUGUGAAUCCCAGAAUGCAAAUGUAAGCUUAAUUUAGGGGUAAUGCUGGAUAUAUGAAAAUGACUGUUGACGGUUAUAACUGUGUGUAACUAUGAAAUGCAUUGUGUCUAUAUAUUCAUAAGCUCCUCGUUUAUACAGGGUACCCAAUAUAAUUAUAUCUGUAUCAAGUUGAUUUUUACUUUGGGCAAACUUUUAAAUUUUUUGCCUUUUUGCUGUAACUCUCCCACAGACUGCAGUAUGUUGGAUGUACAGGGUGUUUUGGGGAAACUGUUAUUUAACUGAACGUUUGUGUAGCAUUUCAAGCUGAAAGUCCUGUAUAUUUAUUAAUAAUUUAAAGCCAUGUAAUGAUUCUGAAUAAAUCCUCUGUUUGAUUUGCACAGUUUUUUUCCCCCCAAGAGUGUGGUAAAAAUCAAAGCAGAAUGUUAGUUAUUUACGUGUAAUUUCUGGAUAACUGGUAGUGAGUUACAAAGAAAAAUCAACACUUUGCAAGUUAGCACUUAAGAAUAAAAUGUCCUGUUAGGAGUUCACUUAACACACGCCAUAACCAUUGCAGCUGAUGAUUAAAUCAAAACAUUUAGGAUUUCGCAACACCACGGCAAGCUCUCUUGCCAUCCUCCAAUAUGUUCUUUUUGGAAAACGGACUUGCACAGUAUCCUUUUAAACAUUUUUUUCAGCCAUUCAACUGUCGUGCUUGCAGAACCUACAGAUUGUCAAGUUAAAAACUGUUGUAUAAAGAAUGUUUACAUUACCUUUCAACAGUUUUCUACCAGUAUGUAUUCCUUACAGUUGUUCAAAGUAAUUCUGAAAUCUAAAAAAGCACCUGAAACGGUGAGCACCAGACCCAUCCACCAUUUACAGUUCCAGAAACUUGCACGGUCUUCUCUGUUGACUGCAAGAUCAGCCUAUUCCAAGGCUGAGAUACCUGCAGACACAAUCUACCAUGAAAGUGUUUGGCAGUGGAACUGCAGUGCAAGAGUUCAUCCAAGCCCAUCCUCUCAACGGUGGGGCCACUGCCAUAUCUGUCAUCUGGGAAGAUAUUAAGUGGAGGACAAACUAGGUACCACCUCACCAAGACCCACUGAAAGCAGUGAGAGAUUGGAGAAAUUGCGAGUGAAUCAGUGCCGGAGACACACUUUCUCUAUGGAAACUGCUACUGUCAUUGUAUGCCGCAUCCCGGCCCUCUGGUCCAAGUUAGAAUUAUUUAAGCACAGGACUGACUGGAAAGCUGAGGUGUGCCCAGUUGAGACCCAGUUGCAAGGGCUAUGAGCAAGUUCUACAGCUCCACAUAAAGGGUUAGAGAACUGGUUUUUCCUGCUACUGAGAAGAAAGUCGUUUGGGCAACCAGUUAACCGGCUAAGGACACACAAACACAAAACACACACACAGGUGAGCCUGGCUCCAGUUAGAAAAGAAAGAUCUUUGUAAUAUGUACCUUGUACAGCGAAAUUUGUCUCUGCAUUUAAAGUCCUCCUCUUCAGGCGCAGCAGGCAACUAUUGUGCAUCGCCUGGGGACCAGAUUGGGGUUGUAAGGUCCGUGUCUUGGUCAGUGAAGUAUCCAUGAGUGGGCAACUCUGAUGGUAAUGUGGGUUAAGUGUCUUGUGUAAAGACACAACAGACGGGAACCAGUCUUUUGAAGUGAACUAGCCGGCAGUCAUUACAUUAGUAUGCAAUUAGGGACGACAUGCAGCAGAGUUGAGUAAAAUGAGCAGCAGGAAAAUAAAGCAGAAGCACUUUGUGUUUCUGAAUGACAAUUUUGAAGGCUAGCAAAAUUACCUGGAUGCUGUUUUGUCUUUUUAGUUUUGAACAUUUUCAUGUAUAUUUUGUGGUGUAUCCCAGCUGACUUCGGCUGAGAGGUAGGAUACAACCUGUACAGUCAGCGUGGAUAGGCUCCAGCAUACCCACGUGACCCUAAAGAGUAUUAAGCAGCACAGAAAGUGAAUGAAUUUUGUUAUGAUUUGUUAAUGUAUGGUUUCACUGUCUAUAAGUUUGAAAUUUACAGAUCAUACAUUAUAUUGGACCUUUUUUGCCUAAGAUGGGUCCUUGCUUUGGUAUUUUAUAAUAAAAAAAUAGCCAUCUAUUCCAUAUUGAGCAAUUAAAUAGCCAUAUAAAUUAUUGCUAGGGCAGUCGAAAAUAGCAUGUUAACGGUGGUAAAGAAUUUAUUUAAUUUGGUAAAAAAAAAAAUGUGUAACACAUAGGCAUCAUGGCAAGCUAUGGCUGUCAUGACGGCAGAUGGCGGCACAGUGUCUCUCCCCACAGUCGCACACAGUCUGAUGCUCAUAACUUUAUUCAGGCCUGAACACAACAGCAUAUACACUUCUCAAAAAAAUUUGAGGAACACUUCGAAAACACAUCAGAUCUAAACUGGGGAGAAAAUGAUCUUG